CCAGAAAGUCUCCGGAGCUUGCGCUAAGCUAUUUGCGGCGCCCCCCCUCUCCCACUUACACGCAGGUCUCAGAAACAAGCAGGGGGAAAAGGCGUCGUUCCUGGAGCUGAGACCAGGCGGCCGGAGUCCUCAGGGAUGAACCUCGAGUUGCUGGAUUGAAGAAAUAGAAUGGAAGCUGCUACUCUGCGCCUAAGCGUUACAACAGGGAGGAAUUGGUUGGAAUGAAACAUAGGGCCAUUGGGAGAAAAAGGCCGUGCUCUUUUAGAGCUCAUGAUAAUCAGGGCUUUAAGGAGAUGGAUGUUGAGCAGUGUGGAGAGUAGACCUUAUUCCAUGUCAGAAGACCAGGAGGAAGAAGGCUGGAAAGGCUUGGAAAGCUAAAGGACAGUUUCGAGAAAGGAUCUUCACGGGACAAAAAGGAGGAGGCCCUUGAAGAAGCUGGUGUGGCUGCACUGGAAGCAGUGUGAACUCGCGUUCCAGAAAGGCGGCUCCGUAGCCGGAGGUGAAGGUCUGAGGGGGACAGGCUUUUAAAGAAGAGCGUCAGGAAACUAAUGUGGUUGAAGGCCAAGACUGCAAAAAUGAGAGUCCUUUGGGCAGAAUUAUCCAGAGGAAGCCGAUGGAACUUUGGAUUGUAUCAGCAUGGCCCUGACUUGCACCUUUAACAGGUGGGGCACGCUGCUUGCAGUUGGCUGUAAUGAUGGCCGAAUUGUCAUCUGGGAUUUCUUGACAAGAGGCAUUGCUAAAAUAAUUAGUGCACACAUCCAUCCAGUUUGUUCUUUAUGUUGGAGUCGAGAUGGUCAUAAGCUCGUGAGUGCUUCCACUGAUAACAUAGUGUCACAGUGGGAUGUUCUUUCAGGCGACUGCGACCAGAGGUUUCGGUUCCCUUCACCCAUCCUAAAAGUCCAGUAUCAUCCACGAGAUCAGAACAAGGUUCUCGUGUGUCCCAUGAAAUCUGCUCCUGUCAUGUUGACCCUUUCAGAUUCCAAGCAUGUUGUUCUGCCGGUAGACGAUGACUCCGAUUUGAACGUGGUUGCAUCUUUUGAUAGGCGAGGGGAAUAUAUCUAUACAGGAAAUGCAAAAGGCAAGAUUUUGGUCCUAAAAACAGAUUCUCAGGAUCUGGUUGCUUCCUUCAGAGUAACCACCGGAACAAGCAAUACCACAGCUAUUAAGUCCAUAGAGUUUGCCCGGAAGGGAAGUUGCUUUUUAAUUAACACAGCAGAUCGGAUAAUCCGAGUUUAUGAUGGCAGAGAAAUCUUAACUUGCGGAAGAGAUGGAGAGCCUGAACCCAUGCAGAAGUUACAGGACUUAGUAAAUAGGACCCCGUGGAAGAAGUGUUGUUUCUCUGGGGAUGGGGAAUACAUAGUGGCUGGUUCAGCCCGGCAGCAUGCCUUGUACAUCUGGGAGAAAAGCAUUGGCAACCUGGUGAAGAUUCUCCACGGGACGAGAGGAGAACUCCUCUUGGAUGUAGCUUGGCACCCUGUUCGACCCAUCAUAGCAUCCAUUUCAAGUGGAGUGGUAUCUAUUUGGGCACAAAAUCAAGUAGAAAAUUGGAGUGCAUUUGCCCCAGACUUCAAGGAGUUGGAUGAAAAUGUAGAAUAUGAGGAAAGGGAAUCGGAGUUUGAUAUUGAAGAUGAAGAUAAGAGUGAGCCUGAGCAGACAGGGGCUGACGCUGCCGAGGAUGAGGAAGUGGAUGUCACCAGCGUGGACCCGAUCGCCGCCUUCUGUAGCAGUGAUGAAGAGCUGGAAGAUUCAAAGGCUCUAUUAUAUUUACCCAUUGCCCCUGAGGUAGAAGAUCCGGAAGAAAAUCCCUACGGCCCCCCACCGGAUGCGGUCCAAACCUCCCUGAUGGACGAAGGGGCUAGUGCAGAGAAGAAGAGGCAGUCUUCAGCAGAUGGGUCCCAGCCACCGAAGAAGAAACCCAAAACAACCAAUAUAGAACUUCAAGGAGUACCUAACGAUGAAGUCCAUCCACUACUGGGUGUGAAGGGGGAUGGCAAAUCCAAGAAGAAGCAAGCAGGCCGGCCUAAAGGAUCAAAAGGUAAAGAGAAAGAUUCUCCAUUUAAACCGAAACUCUACAAAGGGGACAGAGGUUUACCUCUGGAAGGAUCAGCGAAGGGUAAAGUGCAGGCGGAGCUCAGCCAGCCGUUGGCAGCAGGGGGAGCGAUCUCAGAACUGUUAUGAAGACGCUUGAAGUUCUUCGUUCUUCCCCACUUUGCCAUCAUGUGGCCUCUGGACACUGUGGUCAGUCAUUUGAGAUUGACUUUAAUUUAAAACAAAGGCCUCCGCCUCCGACCCAGGAGGUGGAAGGAGUGAAUCGUAUGUUUGAAUGAAGCAGUGAAUUAUGGAAGAAGAGUACACGGCCCUUCCCUUUCAAGCAUAAGUCCAAAUCGGCUCUCAGGAAUGAGGAUGUGUGAAGACAUCAAACAGGAGUUUUGACUCAUUCAGACUUCAGUGCUUGGUUAUGUUGCUGGAGAAAACAGACCAGUUUUGCUCAUCUAACUAUUGUGCCCAGGAUCAUUUUGACCUAACAUUUCCUAUCCUGUUCGCCUUCCAUCCUCUGUGCAUGUCCUCGAGUGACAUUCUCAUCUGAAAUUUUGCUGCCGGUACUCUAGAAAAACUUCUGUUGCAUAUUCUGUCUUCCAUUUUUAAACUUAAUUCUCUCACCAGAUGCCUCCUGUAUUUCCCUGUUGUGUACAGAGGAUAGGCAGAAAAGAAAGUGCCGGAAAGCUUUCAAGUUUUCAGAAAGGGAAGAAAAAUAAGAAAGUUCCCCUCUUCUUAACAUACCCAUUUUGCUCAAGAAGCUGGGCUGUAAGAGGGUCAAGAUUUUUCUUCGUUUUCCUUUCAUUGCAUGUUUUCCUACAGUAGGGGUUCAUUCUCAUUAAUCAUGGCUUUCGAAGAUAGCUGGUUUCAUCCAUAUGCAGCGAAGAAUCACCAGUCCAUAUUGCUUCGCCAGUGCUGGCUUCCAGAGAGGGAAACAAACCAAGGUGUCUCUCCAUGGGCUUCUUUUUUAUUGGGGUGGGGAAUCUAUGCAAGGACUAAAGUCAAACUGUCCAAAAUCAAAGCAGCAACAACACAGUUCAAAUCAAAGAUCAAGGAAAAAUUUUUUUGUAUCAUUGCGUGUGGGUCUCUGUCCCUUCCCUGCAGUCAUGACAUUUUCCCCUUCUUAUAUCCCUGCUUCUUCUCUGUAAGACAUGUUUUCAGUCUCUUCCUUUCUGUGAAAGGUUGCUUAGCUUUUUAAACAUUUUUUUUAACUUUCUGCUUCUUGCUUUUGCUGUUCUUUGUAUUCAGAGUAGCAGAUUGGAUGGACGUGUACAUGAGGUGUUUGAAAUGCUCUGAGAACCCGGAGCCCCAGGUGCGGAGAGGGCGCUGUGCAGAGAGUUCUUAGCUGACCGGAGGGGCUUGGCCUGGGCCGGAGGGAGUUGGCCUGGGCCGCAGUGGUCUCGGCACUCUCCGAGGGGCGUGUCCGCGCUCUGCUCGCCUCUGCUGGCCUCUGCUUGCUGUGUCGGGCCAGCAGCUGGGUGCUCCUGUGGGCAGCCACACGACGGGAUUACCUUUUGGAUUUUAGGAUAGCAAUCAAAGUAGACUUACAUCAGGAAGAGCCUCUUUCUCCCGCUCUGUCUUUUAGAACCAAAAUAUUCAGUAGUUGAUGUAAGAGCUCCCCCGAGUCAGUUGCAAAAUGCCUGUAUUUUUAGCCGCAAGUGCUCAUUUUGUGAAUUUCAGCUCUUCUUUCCCAUCAGACCAGUGGUUGAGAUUGGCAGGUGGCUCACAGAAUGUGUUUUUUGUUUUGCAAACAUCGUUUCCAUUCCAUUUCUCUGUGUCCCUGCAGCACGCUCUGGAUCUUGCACCAGCUCUGUGAUACAGAAGGUCUCGGCCUUCCUUGCGUGGGCAGAGUAGCUCGCUAUCCUCUGUCUGUGCACUGGGGACGUUUCCACUGUGUCCGCUUCCUAAACUGGCUGCUGAGAAAAUCGGCUCCAGCCCUGUCAGAUGGUCUCUGGCAGCAGUUCCUAAUAAUUAUUUAUGCUUUUGGAAUUUUUUUUCAGCUCCUGAAACUUCCUGUCCAGUUUUUUUUCUCCAUCUGUACAAUAUAUGCAUAAUCUCUUCUCUUUUGUCAUUCCUUCCCCCCCAUCCCCCCCACCCCGCCAUUUCGUUUUUUAAUGUUCCGUAGUUUUGUAUGAGACGAGACUUAGCCUUGGGUUACUUCUUGCUGAAGCUUUAAUGCUUUGUAAAUAAAAUCGGAUGUUUAUUAAA